ACCUGUCGCUUGUUUGUCUCCACUGCAGCACGGGAGGGCGAGGGGCGGGGCUCCGCUCUGGAAAGGCAGUUGCUUGGUUACCGUGCGAGUGACAGCGCGAGACACUUCCGGCUGCGGCUCGGGUUCAGAGAGGGAGAGCAGAGACCAAAGCCGUUGGAAGGAGCCGUAAUGGCGUCAGUCCUCUCUAUUUAGCAACAGGGGCAGUAGCUGUUCUUAAUCCGCAAACAUCGCCCUAAAUAUAGGCCUGAUAGGCUCCCAGGGCCACUCAAAAUAAACUAGAACAUCUACUGCACACGAAUAUACUGACAUUUCUGACCAAUAUCAAAAAACAAAGAGAUAAAAUACUGUAUUAUAAAAACGACCAUGUAAACAGUAUCAACCGGUUCACGUUUUCAGUUUCAGUUUUGUGAAACAAUAUCGCCCAUUCAUCAUGGACUCUGGUUGUUUCUGCGUAAACAGAAGGAAUUAAAUACAUUUCCUUUAGCCUGCAACCGGGCUACGCGAUAAUAAAAAGGUGUUGAGAUUAGACGUUUCUUUUACAAAAAGAAAAUUAAAGAUCUCCAUUACUGCUGCUGCUGCUAGCGGGGGGAGAAAUGAGCAGGAUGUAACGACUUCAAUACACAGCAGUGUGCUUUCAGAAAAAAAAAAAACAACAAAACAAGAUCCAAUUUCAGACGCUCUAUUUUUUUAUUCUAUUUUUUUUUCCACCUUGUAGGUCAGUGAGGGAGAGAGACCUGGAAUGAAUCGAGAGAAAGCAUAAGCAGGCGAGAGAACGUGGGAUACUGCGUGUUUUUUUUUGUUACAUUCAUUGUUAUUUUAUUUAAGAUUACGAUAUUUUUUUUUUUUUUAUGUGUGUGUUACUUUAAUGUUUCGUUGUGGUUGGAGAGGCCCGGCUUUGGCAGGAGGUGCGUUACCGUGAGGAAUGCCCGGUUCUGAGAGACAACAUGGAAGAAAGCCGGAUGGAGGCAUUCCCGUUCAGUUACAACAACAGCCAAGCAACAGCGGGGCCCUUCAAACCGCGCAGCCACAACCUUCCUCGGCUACAAACAUGACCAGCAAAGACGGUAAGCAGAACCUAAAGGCCUCCUUGUCUGCCUCCACAGCUAAGCACAAGCGCCACAAGUCGUCCAAGCAUAACCGCCAAGCAGCGGCGCUAGACCACAGGCCCGGCACCACCACAAGCUCCGUGGCGCCCCCAGCGGUGAGUGCUAUUAAACCUUUAGUGGAGUACGACGAUAUCAGCUCUGACUCCGACACGUUCUCCGACCCUCCGGCCAGGAGAUCUGACAAGACCGGGAAAGGGGGAGGCAGCAGCGUGGAAAGUCGGGGUCACAAGCACAGGCACCCCCACAAGAAGGCCAAAGACCUGCACAAGGUAAAGGAAAUAGGGGGUGGGGAGAAGAAGAAAAACAGCAAGGAGCGAGAGAAGGAGAGCGAGGGGGCCAGGGGCAAGAGCAGCAAAGACAGGUCCUCGGGCGCCAGGAAGUUUGAGGACGGGGCGACUGGUAAGCGGGGCGAGCCCGCUGUCUCCUCAUCGUCCUUCGCACCAGGACAACCAGCAGGUGCCAACCCCGCUCCCUCCAAGAGCAAGGAGGGCGCCCGGGCGGCCAAGCCCCGCAAGGACAGCAAGCAGAGACGUGACAAGGGAGACUCCCGAGGCGCCUCCUCCCAAAAGGACAGGGGGGACAAGAGCCAUCGCAAGAAGGGGUACAAGGGGAGCCCCCGCAGGAAGCAGAAGGGCUCCCCCAGCCCCAAACCCCGAGGCGGGGGAGCUGAUGACAGCCCUGGGGCAGUAGGGGGUGGGUAUGGGCAGGACAGCGAGGACAGUUACCACUACCACCACCGGAGGCAACAGAGCCCCAGCCCUCCGCCCUGCAAGGAGCCCUCCGGGAGGGGCAGCCGGCACCGCUCUUCCAGCUACGAGAGAGACAGCAGCCCUGGCUACUCCAGCAGGAGGCGCUCCCUCAGCCCCUAUACCAACCGCAGGUCCUCCAGUGCCAGCCCGGUGUCGCGACGGUCGGUUCGUUCGCGCAGCCGCUCCCCGCCCCCCUUCUCCUCCUCGUCCCGUCGCUCCUCGUCUCGCUCUCACAGUAAGAAGCGCUCGUCGGGGUCUCGGAGCCGGCAGUCCAGCGUGUCGCCUCCCCCUCCUGCCCGCUUCCCCCUCAACUCCAGCCUGGGGGCUGAGCUGAGCCGCAGGAAGAGGGAACGCCAAGCCGCUGCUGCUGCUGCAGGGGCUGCCAGGGGCUCCCCGGGGCCACGGAGAGAAGAGCCCAGGGCUGCACCUGCUCCCCUGACAGCCAACGCCAAGAGAGGGCCAAGCAAGCCUCCUCCAAAACCAGCUGAGAAGCAGAGCGAGGCCGAGACCAACUCCAUCACUGCGGCCGCUACUGUGGGGGUCAAACCAGAGCUGGAGGAGGUGUCCCCCCCAGACAGGAACACAGCCCCCCCCUCCGUCACUCCCACCCCAGCUCCCGAGGACCCCCCCCAGCUCCCACUCCCCUGCUCUGAGCCCCCCAGAGAGGAGAAUGCCUCACUGUCUGCUCCCCCUCCUCCUCUCCCUGUCCCCCAGUUCUCCUCUCCCCCUCCCCUGCCCUCGGCCACCCCUCCGGCUCAGACCCCUCCCCUCCCCCCUCUCCCCCCUUCUCCUGCCACCCCCCUGCGCCAGCCCCCCCCUCCCCUACCUGAGUCCUUCUCCCCCAGACCCCCUCCCCCCUCCUCUUCACAAGGUAAAUCUCCAGCCCCUCCCCCCUCGCGGAGCCCCGCCCAACCCCAUCUCCCCACGCACCCCCUGCAACUCCACCCCAAGACCUCCACCCUGCCCCCCCUCCCCCUGCCCCCCAUGCUGCUGGGAGAGAACAGCUUGGGCAGCCCGAAGGAAUUGCCCCCCCAUCGCUCUCACAGGAAGGAGAAGGAGGGUCGAACCCGGCACCUGCUGACUGACCUUCCCCUCCCACCCUCCCUGCCAGGGGGGGACACUUCACCCCCCCAGUCUCCUGCCCAGAAGACCCCCCCACAGCCACAGUCUGCCUUCAAGAAGAGACCAAAGUUCUGCUGCCCGCGCUACGGGGAGAGGAAGCAGACGCAGAGCGACUGGGGGAAGCGCUGCGUCGACAAGUUCGACAUCAUUGGCAUCAUCGGAGAGGGAACCUACGGUCAGGUGUACAAGGCGAAGGACAAGGACACAGGGGAGCUGGUGGCCCUGAAGAAGGUGCGUCUCGACAAUGAGAAGGAGGGGUUCCCCAUCACCGCGAUCCGAGAGAUCAAGAUUCUGCGGCAACUCAACCACCGCAGCGUGGUCAACAUGAAGGAGAUUGUGACGGACAAGCAGGAUGCGCUGGACUUCAAGAAUGACAGAGGUGCGUUCUACCUGGUGUUCGAGUACAUGGAUCACGACCUGAUGGGCCUGCUGGAGUCGGGGCUGGUGCAGUUCUCAGAGGAACACAUCAAGAGCUUCAUGAGGCAGCUGCUGGAGGGGCUGGAGUACUGCCACAAGAAGAGCUUCCUGCACAGAGACAUCAAGUGCUCCAAUAUACUGCUGAACAACAGCGGACAGAUUAAACUGGCAGAUUUCGGUCUGGCUCGACUCUACAACUCGGAGGAAAGCCGUCCCUACACCAACAAGGUGAUCACGCUGUGGUACCGGCCGCCCGAGCUGCUGCUGGGAGAGGAGCGCUACACUCCAGCCAUCGACGUGUGGAGCUGCGGCUGCAUUCUCGGGGAGCUGUUUACCAAGAAGCCUAUCUUCCAGGCCAAUCAGGAACUGGCUCAGCUGGAGCUCAUCAGUCGGCUGUGUGGCAGCCCCUGCCCGGCGGCCUGGCCCGAUGUCAUCAAGCUGCCCUACUUCAACACCAUGAAGCCCAAGAAGCAGUACCGGCGCCGACUGCGCGAGGAGUUCGCAUUUAUCCCCAGCCCUGCUCUGGACCUGCUGGACCGCAUGCUGACCCUUGACCCCGGGCGGCGCUGCACAGCGGAGCAGGCCCUGCAGAGCGACUUCCUGAGCAACGUGGAGCCGAGCAAGAUGAGCCCCCCCGACCUCCCUCACUGGCAGGAUUGCCACGAACUCUGGAGUAAGAAGCGCCGGCGGCAGAGACAGAGUGGGGUGGCCGAGGAUGUGCCUGUCAACAAACUGCCCCGCAAGGACCCGGCGCCCCCCCCCGCGGGCAAAGAGAACAGCCGCGCCCUCCCCAGCCCCGCGGGCACGCAGCCCCCCGGCCCCCCCUCCAGACAGGGCCCCCCCGCGGAGGAGCUGCCCAGAGGGUCCGCCACGCUGAGAGGUCUCGGUGAGGCCGCAGAGCAGCUCAAUCAGAACGAGAUGGCCGUGCUGCUCAAUCUGCUCCAGAGGCAGACGGAUCUCAGCCUGCCCCAGAUGGCUCAGCUGCUGAACGUGGGUUCGAACCCGGAGACGCAGCAGCAGCUGGAAUCUCUGACCCAAUCGCUGUCCGCGCUGACAGAGGCGUCCAAUCAGCAGCGAGGGUACCAGAAGGAGGAGGAGCCUGCCUCUGCAGAAACUGUUGCAGCACAGCCUCGUCCCCCCGAGCCCGCCCCAUUGGCCGACCUGCCUGCCAGUCAGGAGGACCUGCCCAAUCUGCUGGCUCUGCUGCUGGGGCAGCUCAUCAAGCCACAGGAAGGGGCGGAGCAAGCAGACGAGAGCAACGGCGUCCAAUCAGAGGAGCCGCUGGCAGCCAGCAGCAACGAACGCAAAGAGUCGGGUGUCGGCCGACGGAAGGCACCGGGUUCAAGUCCGGGUAUGGUGCCCCCUGAGAAGAGGCCCCCGGAACCCCCAGGGCCCCCUCCCCUUCCCUCCAGUGAGGCCGAUGGGGAGCUCCCAGUCUCCCAGGACCUGAACCCAGCGGUGGCCGCGGCCCUGCUGCAGCUCAUCACACAACAGGAGGCGGGGCCAGGCCAGGAGAGGGUGGGGCCAAGGGGGCGGGGGGAGGAGCCCCAGCACAGGAGGGUAGAGUCGCACAGAGGGGCGCGCUCCUCCAGCCAGCAGAGAGCAGCGCAGCCAGCCUGGAAUAGCACUGCGGGCGGGGGUCAUCCCUCCGAGCCCCCCCCUCCUGACAGAGCCCCCCCCGAGCCAGACCCCUCCUCUGGGAAGGCACUGCUGGCUCCCCCCUGCUCCACGCAGUUCCCUGGGGAUCAGGACCUGCGGUUUAGCCGUGGCGGGCCCCUAGGGAAGCAGCAUGCUGAACCAGGGGCCACAGAGCACAGCAAUUCUGGAGGGGGCUCGGAGUGGGAGUCCAACAAGGGGUACAGGGGAGCUGGCCGCGCAAAGCCCAGGGGAGGCAGGGGGAAAGGGGUGCCCUACUAAACCCCAAUCCCCCAUGCAGUGACAGGAUAGGGGCCUCACUCACUGCUUCUCCAAAACCGAUACCCCAUUCAGGAGAUGGGAGGGAGGCAAGUGAGCCUUAACUGAAACCCUGGCUGGGGCCCCUUCUUGUGUGAACCCAAACACCCCCGCACACAUGGAGGGGGGGAGGCACCCUCAUACUGUAUUUAGGGGACUCGGAAGGGUAUUUUUUGGGCUUUUUUUUUUUUUUUGGUUGCCCCUUCCAUGGAGGGUUGAACUGCAGGACUGUCAGUCUGGGAGGUUGUGGAAUUUCCUGUGGAAUUUCCUGUGGAAUUGAAAGUGCAGGACUGAUGGGCUGAACAGUGGAGCAGCAAUUCCAGGGGGUGGGUGACCUGCUGUUUUCAGAUAUUAUAGAGUGUGGUUGUCGAGGGGACCUGUGGAUUGAAUGGAUCAGAAUGUGUGACGCGGUGCACACAGCAACACACUAGCUAGCUGACGUGAUGGAGAACGCUCGCUGGACUUAAUGUGAAGUAUUGAAUUAUAUGUGAGAAGCAACAUCUAACAAGUGAAGAAAUGAAUUAACAAGAGGGUGCUGCUGAAGUUUUAAAGACCUGCGGCCCCUGACCUUGUGCCUCGUGCUCCUCUUUCAGUGCCCCCCAAAUUGACCUUGCCCCCGAGGGGAGGGGGGCUGUAAGAGGAAUGCACCACUUUGAUUUUUUUGUUAGUUUUUUAAGCAAAGCUUUUUUUUUGUCAGACUGUGCAACAUUGAUUUAGAGAUCCACAAUGUUGCAGCACUCAGACUGACUCUCUAUUUCGGGACUGAGCGUAGCGAUUCCUGUGGGGCUGCUGUCUGUGUCUUGUAUCUCUGUGGAACAUGAAUCACCCCCUCCUGUGCUGGAGACGGGCUUCAAGCUGGAUUGCAAUCUCUCUAACUCGCUUUCUCCUGGGAGCUGAAAUCUCCAUGGCAACAGUGGCAGUGUUUUUCUAACUCGCUGGCUAUGUGACCCCUGUGCUUUUAGCUGACAGUGCAGACUGCAGCCCACCCAGGCGUGCAGAGGGGAGGCUGUUGUGAAACUGGCACCAUUGUGGAUCCAGAAGGGCAUCGGCGCUGUGCAGGAACCGAGAGAGCGACUGGGUCAAAAUGGCAGACAUAGGAAUGCAGCUUCACCACACCCUUCUUUACUCUCUCAACACACACCCCCUCUUCUCUGAAACUGCAUCAAGCGAUCGCACACAGCGCCCUCUAGCGUUUAGGCUGUUGUACCUCAAGGAAUUCAGUGUUUCAGUUUAAACUAUCCUGAAAUAAACCUUUGUUUGAAAGCUUUAAAUAUAAAUUGUCUUCCACUUAGUGUCAUUUAUUUGUCGCCCCCCCCCCCCCCCCCAAAUCCUGGCUAAGUUCUGUUCUCCAGCGCUCAAUAACAGGAGCUGAAAUAAAUGGGUACUGAUGGUAUAUUUUCUGCUUGCUCAAUGUUUAGCAAUGUAGAAUUAAUCACACAAUGUUUUGCUUUUUCUUUGGUUUCUGGAAGUUGGUCCCAAUAUCGGACUACAGCUUGGUAGGGUGACAUUGUACAGUGAGCUUCUAUGCAGCCCUCGUGUUUGCUUCCGGACUCUGCUUUGAGCCACAAUGUGAAAAAUCAAAACAAAUUUCCAUCCAGCUCUUCAGGGCGAGUUUAGUGGACCUGGUGGGUGCGGAGGCAGAUUGCUGGGGCUCACAGCAGUGUGCAGACAGCGAGCUCAGCAUGCUGUGUGAUCCGCAGCACAUACAACUUGAGUUCAGUUUCAUUGCUUUGUAAUUUUAAAGACUACAGUUUUUGUUCCUCUGGCACUGGGAUGAAAGGAACCCCUUUGGGCUGUGCCUGUGUCUUGUACAGAUAUUUUGUAAUAUAUAAAAAUGUCUUUUUUCGGUUUUUUUUUUGUUUAUUAAAUGCAAUCUGAAAGUUAGAAACACA